AUAUUUGCCUCAAGGCCCUGGGUUGGAUGGGGGAGGGAUUAGCCGCACUGAACCGGGUGUUGGGGGAAAAGUGCAAAGCUCUUUGAAGAAAUCAGUUUCCCAUCAGGCCCCUCGGUAGCCCGGAGCCUGUCGGGAGGGAGAUGGUGGUAGCCGAAAAGGAAGAAAUAACUACGUGGGGUUUUAGCAGAUAACAAUCCCUCUGCUAACAGAAAGAGAGGCCAGUAAGGAAGAUAUAUCUCAAACUCUCUUAAAAAUGAAUGGGUCAAAUGAGACCCCCGAAUCCUAUGAUUAUGACCUAAUUAUCAUCGGAGGAGGUUCUGGAGGCCUGGCUGCUGCCAAGGAGGCGGCCCAAUAUGGCAAGAAGAUCAUGGUGCUGGAUUUUGUUACUCCAACUCCUCUUGGAAAUAGAUGGGGUCUUGGAGGAACAUGUGUGAAUGUCGGCUGUAUACCUAAGAAACUUAUGCACCAGGCAGCUCUGUUAGGGCAGGCCUUGCAAGACUCCCGCAAAUAUGGAUGGCAGAUCGAAGAGGAAGUCAAACAUAAUUGGGAAAGAAUGACAGAAGCGGUCCAGAAUUACAUCGGCUCUCUGAACUGGGGUUACCGAGUAGCCUUACGGGAGAACAAGGUCACCUACGAGAAUGCUUAUGGAGAAUUUGUGGGGCCCCACAAGAUUAAGGCAACCAAUAACAAGGGCAAAGAAAAGUUUUAUACAGCGGAAAGGUUCCUCAUCGCCACAGGUGAAAGACCACGUUACCUGGGCAUCCCAGGAGACAAGGAAUAUUGUAUUAGCAGUGAUGACCUUUUCUCCUUACCUUACUGCCCGGGAAAGACGCUGGUGGUUGGGGCGUCCUACGUAGCCCUUGAAUGUGCUGGGUUUCUGGCGGGCAUUGGUUUGGAUGUCACUGUGAUGGUUCGGUCCAUUCUCCUGAGAGGGUUUGACCAAGACAUGGCCAACAAAAUUGGGGACCACAUGGAGGGACAUGGCAUCAAAUUCAUCAGGCAGUUUGUGCCUAUUAAAAUUGAACAGAUUGAAGAAGGCAUGCCUGGUAGACUCAGGGUGAUCGCUCAGUCCACCGAUGGCAAGGAGACCAUUGAGGGAGAAUACAAUACGGUGCUGCUGGCGAUAGGACGAGAUUCAUGCACAAGAAAAAUUGGCUUGGAAGCAGUUGGGGUGAAGAUCAAUGAAAAGACAGGGAAAAUACCUGUCAAUGAUGAGGAACAGACCAACGUACCUUACAUCUAUGCCAUUGGGGAUAUCUUAGAAGACAAACUGGAACUGACACCAGUAGCCAUCCAGGCAGGCAGACUGUUAGCUCGGCGACUUUAUGCUGGUUCUAAUGUAAAGUGUGACUAUGACAAUGUCCCCACCACUGUAUUUACCCCUAUGGAAUAUGGGUCUUGUGGUCUCUCUGAAGAGAAAGCCAUCGAGAAGUUUGGAGAAGAAAACAUAGAGGUCUACCAUAGCUACUUUUGGCCCCUGGAAUGGACCAUCCCAUCAAGAGAUAAUAAUAAAUGCUACGCCAAGGUCAUCUGCCAUGUCAAAGACAACGAACGUGUUGUGGGUUUCCACGUCCUGGGUCCAAAUGCAGGCGAAGUGACUCAGGGCUUUGCUGCAGCCCUCAAGUGUGGACUGACCAAAGAGCAGCUGGACAGCACAAUUGGAAUCCACCCAGUGUGUGCAGAGAUCUUUACGACGCUGUCUGUGACUAAACGCUCAGGGGGAAGCAUCCUCCAGGCGGGUUGCUGAGGUUAAGCCCCAGUGUUGCUGCUGCUGCCUGUGGCGACUCUGGGGUCACGUUAUUUUCUCGGGUAGAAAAAAGCCUUAAGAGAAUCCACCAUCCAGUCUCUGCAUCUUUCCUGAUGGUAGAAAGGCGAGACUACUCGAACCUUUGGGAUUCAUCCAUGUAUCGUGGUUCCCGGAGAAGGCAGUCAGCAAAACACUGGAAUAAUCGCAGCGUACCUGAAACUGAGGUCCAGGGUGCAUCCGCAGAUGCGUUAAUGAAGUCUCCGCCUAAAGCCCGUAGCUUGUGGUGGGUGGUGACCGAAGAACCCACGUCUUCAGUUUUAUCAAAGACUUUAUUUUGUUGUGUUUUCAAUGAAGAAUGUUCUCGUGGAUUUCUCUGCAGAAACCAGAGAAUCGAGGCUGCUGCCUCUGAUAACAUUUGCUUUUGAAGCAUAGAUUAUCUAGGAGCCUCCCAAAGACCCCCUUCUCUCUUUGUCGGAGGGGCGUGCAUGCAUUGGCAAACUAAUAGCAGCAAGAGGAGACUAGCGAGUUUGCUCCUUUUUCUAUCUAAGAAUUCAAAUGACCUUUUUAGCCUCUGCUUUUUCAUAAAUUCCCUGAUCCAGUUGAGAGCACAUGUAUCCCCGUUAAUUCUCUCUCCUCUUCCUCCCCUCAAACACAUUUUACCACUUUGCAAGAUGGUACCAUUGGUUGCUUAAGUCCUGUUUGAGGAGUCGAGCUGAUCUCCUGGAGCUGAUCUGAACUACAGUUUCUACGCAGGUUUUAGAUUUUGGUCUUAAUUCAGUAAAACAGAGUGAUUUCUGGGAAUAAUCACAAUACCCCACUUCUUACAGGCAGUCUGUAACUGAUGAUAAGGUGAAAAAUUCAAAAUAACUUGUCUUGACUUAUUCUUUGAUCCUUUGGGUGAGAAUGAUUGGUAGCCUAAAAACUCAAUUUUCUCAUCAAGGACCCAUUUAUGGGUCCCCUCUGGAGAGGUCUCAGUUACAGGGAGAUGAGAUAGUCCAUCUACACUUGUGUUCUCCAUCUUUUUGGGGAGUUGAGAGGAGCGGACCCAUUUUCCUUUUGGUUUCUUCUUUGUCAUUUACUUUUUUUUUUAAAGGUAUUAUUCAUAUCAUAAAUUAUUUAAUUAUUUUUUUUAAGCCCACGGACAGAUCUGAAGGAUUUUUCUAUUUCAUAAACACCAAAUGGUUUCGGCUUCUUUGUUUAGGGGGGAGGAAUGAGGAAGGAGAAUGUUAUCAGGUAGAAUCUUGUACAGAAUUGUUUUCUCCUAGAUCUCCAGCUUAGAACAACUGUUGUUGGGAGACUGGAUUGUAUUUAAGGUACUUGUCUCAUUGAAGAAGUUUUAAUGGAGAGUGAACACUGGAAGUUUUCCAUGUCCUGACAUAUAUAUUUAUAUAUAUGGGGAAGGGCAUAGAUCUAUCUAUCUACACACAUACACACACAUAUAUAUAUAUAUAGCUCUAUGCUCAUUUCCCUACUAUAGCUUAUAAUUUGUCUUAGCUGGUGCAUUGAGUAAUUGUUUCAAAGCCCCCCUCCAAGGAGCCUCAGGACCCAACAGGGUUCCCACUUGUCUGCCUCUCUCUACUCACCCUGGGGUCUCACAUCCUGUUGGUUUCUACAUGGACCACUGGGUGGGAUAAUACAUAGGUUGCUAUGAAAGAAUCGGGAGAGAGCAGUUCUCCUGUUUGGGAUUAGAUUUCUCUAACUCUUCCUGUCUCUGAAUUUGGAAAGGGAGAUGGGCGAAAUGGAGGUCAUUGUGUUUUGAAUUUAAUCAUGUUCCCCUUCAACAAAAACAAAAACAUUUUGUAUCUAGAUCCCUAGUGAAAAAAAGGAAUCUGAUCUGAAAAAUUGGUCUCACUUGGUGUCUUCCCAAUUGGACCCCUUAUCAAACUAAUUUUUUUGUUGUUUAUGAUCAUUUUGGAAGAAAAAAACUUGAUAAUGUGAAACAUUAAAUAAUAUUUAUAUUCCUCUUUA